AUGAAAAUGCUUAGUGCUCGAUUUCCAGAGGAUAAAAACAUUACGGUAGAAGGAGACAUCUCUUUCAAUAACAUUCCUAGGCAGAAAAUUCGAGAUCGACUACCGCAAUUUGUGUCGUACGUGGACCAGUGCGACAAACGCUUUGCACCAUUAACUGUAAAGGAGACACUAGAGUUUGCAUACCACGUGUGUGGUGGUGACAUUACUAGACGCAAAGAAUUCCUCAAGUUGCUACCGUCGGUGAAAGGCAAUAUUGAGGCACUGAAAGCAACAAAGGCUAUUUUUCAGCACUACCCGGACGUGAUUAUCCAGCAACCUGGACUGCAAAAUUGUCAGGACACAAUUGUGGGUGAUGCUAUGAUUUGA